AUGAACCCCCCAGGAUAUUUGCCUCAUGGACCCCCAACAUAUUGCCUCAUGGACCCCAACAUAAUGCCUCUCUCCUAUGGACCCCAGCAUAUUAUGCCUCAUGGACCCCAACAUAAUGCCUUGAAACACCAAACAUAUUGCCUCAUGGACCCCCACAUAAUGCGCCCACCAUGGUCAAUUCCCUCAUGGACCCCCAACAUAUUGCCUCAUGGCUCUCCCCUCAUGGACCCCCAACAUAUGCCUCAUGGUGGACAUAUGGCCUCAUGUCCCCCCUCAUGGACUCAUGGUCUCUCCCUCAUGGACCCCCAACAUAUUGCCACAUGGUCUCUCCUCAUGGACCCCAACAUAUGCCUCAUGGUCUCCCCUCAUGGACUCAUGGUACUCUCCCCCAUGACCCCCAACAUAUUGCCUCAUGGUCCUCCCCUCAUGGAUGGACCCCCAACAUAUUGCCUCAUGGUCUCUCAUUGCCAUGGUCUCCCCCUCAUGGACCCCCAACAUAUUGCCACAUGGUCUCUCCCUCAUGGACCCCCAACAUAUUGCCUCAUGGUCUCUCCCUCAUGGACUAUGGCCUCAUGGUCCUCCCUCAUGGACCCCAAAUGGCCUCAUGGUCUCUCCCUCAUGGACCCCCAUAUUGCCAUGGUCUCUCCCUCAAUGGACCCCCCAAGAUAUUGCCUCAUGGUCUCUCCCUCAUGGACCCCCCAACCUCAUGGCCCCCAUAUGGCCUCAUGA